AUGGAUUGGGGAAACUUAUCAAUUGAUUACACUGACGAUUCGAGUACUGAGUACAGCGACAGUUCUAGCACAAUAACUGAAUCGACCACCGUCACAUCAGAGCCGGUAUUGAGUGUUGAAGAGAAGGUGAUCGGGUUGUAUGUAUCUAUAGGUAAGUUUAACUUCAUUUGGUACCAUUAUUUGUUUAAGAAACUGAAAUAAUAGCUAAUUUAAAAAAAUUUUUGAAAUUUAAAAUUUUUUCAAUUUUGAAAUUUUUCAAAAUUUUGCGACAUUUCAGGUGUAAUAAUCCUGUUCUACGUCAUACUGAUAGUGAUUGCCGUGCUUUCGCUGAUUUAUCGUGUCAAGUACCUAAAUGAGACCGUGCACGACAUUUUUUGCGGUAAAAAGCCGCCCAAAGAAGUGAUAAUUGCGUCCACCAAAACUGCCCAUGCCUUGGAUGAAGUGGUCGCUACAACUCCUAGUUUUAGAUAUAAAGCAAGUUUUUGCAGCUUUGCAUGAUAACUGGUAUUCAAAAAUCAAUUUUUGACCUUUAAAGACCCAUUUCACAAUUUUUGAAAAUUUGAAUUUCAAAUUUCCCGCCAACUUUGGCAUUGUGUUUUAAUAGCUCAAAAUGUGCCUUUUUUUGUUUUUUACGACUUACUAAUGCCAUUUUUUAAACGAAUGUCAAAAAUUUCGCUUGGCCAAGCCUUUUGAAAUCUCAUUUGGCCAAGAUUUUUGAUUUCAAAUUCCAAAUAUCCCGCCAACUUUGGCAGAGCGUCCAAACACUUUCAACCACUCCAUUUUUCAGACAGCACAAGCAGGACAAGCCCCAGAAGAAGAAGUAAAGGAAUACACAGCCAAAGACUAA